GUGACUAAUGGGUGCAUGAAUGACACAAUAAUUGAUGGUGGGAAUCCUGAUAGAUGGUCGAGUCUAACACGCCACUCUUCCAGAGGUUGCCCAAGUUCAAAUGGUCAAGACAUGAGGCAACAUGCUGAAAGCUGGCAAUAUCCUGUCCACACUCUGCAUCAUUUGUUUAAUUUUGCCAUUGGUUUGAUGAGGCCAAGAUGGGGUCGUUUCUACAUUGGCCCAAUUCAAUUCUCAGUAUGCUUCGGUGCAGUCAUUGGCGCCGCUCUGCUGGGUGGACAGAGCAUGAAGUCCAUAUACUUGAUCGCCAGGCCAGAUGGCAUGAUGAAGCUUUAUGAAUUUGUUGUCAUCUUUGGGGCGUUCAUGCUGAUCCUCGCGCAGAUCCCCUCCUUCCACUCCCUCAGGCACAUCAACCUCAUCUCGCUCAUGCUCUGCUUGGCCUACAGUGCGUGUGCCACUGCGGGCUCCAUCCAUGCAGGGCACUCGUCUACCGCACCACCGAGAGACUACUCCCUUCCGAGCGACAGCCAAGAUCGCGUCUUUGGAGUGUUCAACGCCAUUGCUAUCGUCGCUACCACCUUCGGCAACGGAAUCAUUCCGGAGAUACAGGCAACAGCAGCUCCUCCUGUGACGGGGAAGAUGUUCAAGGGCCUCUGCCUCUGCUACACGAUCGUGGUGAUGACGUUCUUCAGCGUGGCGAUAUCAGGCUACUGGGCGUUCGGCAACCGAGCUCAAGGUUCCAUUACCGCCAACUUCAUCCUGCAAGACGGCUCCGUUCUGGUCCCCAAGUGGUUCCUCAUGAUGACCAAUGUGUUCGUCCUGCUCCAAUUAGCAGCCGUAGGAGUGGUAUACUUGCAGCCAACCAACGAGGUGCUGGAGGGGCUGUUCGCCGACCCAACGAAGGACCAGUACUCCAGUCGGAACGUCGUGCCGAGGCUCAUCUUCCGAUCGCUAUCGAUCGUCAUUGCGACUCUCAUAGCCGCCAUGCUGCCCUUCUUCGGCGACCUCAACGCGGUCAUCGGCGCUUUCGGGUUCCUGCCGCUGGAUUUCACGGUGCCGUCGGUGUUGUACAACAUCACCUUCAAGCCGUCGAGGAGAAGCUUCAUCUUUUGGCUGAACGCCGCCAUUGCCGCGGUGUUCUCGUUGCUGGCCGUGCUGGGUUCCAUUUCGGCGGUGCGGCAGGUGAUUCUGGACGCCAAGACAUACAAGCUUUUUGCGGAUAUAUGAACCACAUUUAACGUGUAACAGUAAAUAAUUGCCCCUCUCAUUAUGAUUUUAAUGACACGCAAAUGAAAUUAAAUUUGAUAUUUAAAACAA